AUGUCCAGACAGUCCACUAUCACCUUCCAGAGCAGCAGCCGCAGGGGUUUCAGCACAGCCUCAGCCACCAGCCCAGCCACCGGCCGCUCUCGCUUCAGCUCCGUGUCCGUGACCCACUCCCCGGGGGGCAGUGGAGGACUGGGAAGGAUCAGCGGCCUUGGCAGCCGCAGCCUCUACAACCUGGGGGGAACCAAGCGGGUCUCCAUCAGUGGGUGUGGCAGCAACUUCCGAAGCGGCUUUGGCGGCAGGGCGAGCAGCGGGUUUGGGGUCAGCAGUGGAUUCGGCUAUGGGGGUGGAAUUGGAGUGGGCCACGGGGGCUGCGGCUUCUCCGUCUGUCCCCCUGGAGGCAUCCAAGAGGUCACCAUCAACCAGAGUCUCCUGAUUCCCCUCAACCUGCAAAUCGACCCCAACAUCCAACGGGUGCGGAAAGAUGAGCGGGAGCAGAUCAAGACCCUCAAUAACAAGUUCGCCUCCUUCAUCGACAAGGUGCGGUUCUUGGAGCAGCAGAACAAGGUCCUGGAGACCAAAUGGAGCCUCCUGCAGGAGCAGGGUACCAAGACUGUGAGGCAGAGCCUGGAGCCCUUCUUCGAAGCCUACAUCACCGACCUCCGGCGGCAGUUGGACAGCAUCACCACCGAGCGAGGCAGGCUGGAUGCUGAACUGAGAACCAUGCAGGAUGUCGUGGAGGAUUUCAAAGUCAGGUAUGAGGAUGAAAUUAACAAGCGCACAGCUGCUGAGAAUGAGUUUGUGGCUCUAAAGAAGGAUGUGGAUGCUGCCUACUUGAACAAGGUGGACCUGGAGGCCAAGGCCAACUCUCUGACUGAUGAGAUCAACUUCCUCCAGAUGCUCUUUGAGGCAGAAUUGUGUCAGAUGCAGACGCGGGUCAGUGACACGUCCGUGGUCCUGUCCAUGGACAACAACCGCAGCCUGGACCUGGACAGCAUCAUUGCUGAGGUCAAAGCUCAGUACGAGGAGAUCGCCAACCGCAGCCGGGCGGAGGCUGAGUCCUGGUACCAGACCAAGUAUGAGGAGCUGCAGGUCACAGCCGGCCGGCACGGCGAUGAUCUCCGCAACACCAAACAAGAGAUCUCCGAGACAAAUCGGAUGAUACAGAGGCUGAGAGCCGAGGUCGACAACGUCAAGAAGCAGUGUGCCAGCCUGCAAACAGCCAUUGCCGAUGCAGAACAGCGUGGGGAGCUGGCCCUCAAGGAUGCACAGGCCAAACUGGUGGACCUGGAGGAGGCCCUGCAAAAGUCCAAGCAGGACAUGGCCCGGCUGCUGCGCGAGUACCAAGAGCUCAUGAACAUCAAACUGGCCCUGGAUGUGGAGAUUGCCACCUACAGGAAGCUGCUGGAGGGCGAGGAGUGCAGGCUGAGUGGAGAGGGCGUUUCUCCAGUUAAUAUCUCUGUGGUCACCUCCACCAUCUCCAGUGGCUACGGAGGUGGCAGCAGUAUUGGCAGUGGAAGCCUGGGCCUCGGCGGGGGCAGCGGCUACUCCUUCUCGACCAGUGGUGGGCACAGCCUGGGCGGCUCCAGCUUCAGCAACAGCAGCAGCCGGGGCCUCGGGGGCAGCGGCUCCAGCAUCAAGUUUGUCUCCACCACGUCCUCCAGCCAGAAGAGCUACAAGCACUAA